AUGCAUUGGAAUAAUGGGUUACAUCAAUUUUUACAAAUAAAACAUGGUGCAAAAAUUAGUGCUGAAAGUUUAACAACAAAUUUUAUUUCAAAUGUAACAUAUUUUAAACGUUAUGGUUUGAAUAUUUAUGGUCUAACUGGAACACUUGGAAGUAUAAAAGCACAAGAAUUAUUAAAUAAUACAUACAAUGUUGAUUGUGUAACUAUUCCACCAUUUAGACAAAAACAAUAUAUUGAAUUAACAGCAAUAAUUACAAAUAAUGAAGAUGAUUGGUAUACACAAAUUGUUGAAAGUUCAAUAAAUAAAUUAAUUAACGGUCGUGGUGUUUUAGUUAUUACAAAAUAUAUAAAAGAAGUUGAUGAAAUUAAAAAUCGACUAAUAACAUUUGGAUAUGAUAGAUCAAAAAUUAAAAUUUAUAGAACAGAAACAGAUUCAAAAAUAAUUGAAGAAGAAUUAAAACCUGGUGAAAUAAUUAUUGCAACAAAUAUUGCUGGUAGAGGAACAGAUAUUCGAGCUGAAAAAAUUGAAAUAAAUGGUGGAUUACAUGUAUGUGUAACGUUUUUACCACCAAAUGAACGUGUUGAACAACAAAAUGUUGGAAGAACAUCAAGAACAGGAAAUAAAGGUACUGGACAAUUUAUUUUAUUUGAAAAACGUGAAAAUAAUUUUAAUGAAUUAAAAGAAAUUGGAAAUAUGCAAGAAGAAAAUGGAAUUGCAAAAGCAAAAAAAGAAAUUGAAAGAGUAACAAUUAAAGAUUGUAUAUUUGCUGAGUUUUGUAAAUUAUUAGAUGAAAUUGAUAAUGGUACUGAUGAUGAAAAAAACAAUGCACAUAUCAAAAUUAAAAUUCGAGCUGUUGAAGAUCGUUUUGGUAUUUGGUUAAAAAUCGAAGAAAUAAAUAUGAUUGAAAAAACAAAACAAGAAAUAUUAGAUGAAUUUGAAAAAUUUAAACAACAAAUAUUAGAUGAUAAAAAACAAAAUAAAUUAAUUAAAAAUCCAUAUUUUUAUGUUUUAACUGGUAAUAAAUUAUUAAAUGAAAAAAAACAUAAACAAGCAAUUGAUGAAUAUACAAAAGCAAUUGAAAUGGAUAAAAAUUUUCAAGCAAAUGCUUAUUAUAAUCGUGGAUAUGCGAAACUUGCUGAAUAUGGUUGUAAUACAAAAAAAUAUAAACAAGAAAUUGAUGGUGCAAUUAAUGAUUUUAAACAAGCUAAAGAAAUUAUAGAAGAAUUUGAAUUAAUGUUAAAUAUUAUUCAAAAAGCAUCAGAUUCAGAAGCAUUAUCUGAACAAGUUCGACAUAAAUUAGCACUGUUUGGUACACAAAAAAAUACAAUUGAUAUGGCAAUUGGAACAGGAAGUAUUAAUAAAGAAAUUGAAGAAUUAGAAAAUUAUAAAAAACGUAAAGAUAUACCAGCAGAAACAAAAGAAACAAUUGAUAAACAAAUAAAAAUGAUAAAAGAAAUAAAAGAAAUUGGAAUUAUUGGUAAAGCAAAAAAACUUGAAAGAAAUUUAGAAAUUGAAUUUUUAGAUAUUGAAAAAUCAUUACCAGAAGAUGAAGAUUUUAAAUUAUAUAAAGAUGAAAUACAAGAAUAUAAAAAUAAUGGUUUUAGAGGAAAUUUUAAAAUAAAAGAAAUAAAACCAAUUGAUUGGUCAUCCGUAGUUGGUGUUGCACUUCUUGGUAUUGCACAAAUUGUUGCAGGUGGUGCACUUGCUGUAUUUACACUUGGUGCUGGUUCAUCAUUUGCUAUGGAUUUAAUAUCUGAAGGUGUUGGUGAUCUUAUAAUAGCAGUAAAAGAUGGUAUUAUUAAUAGAGAUUUUAGUUGGGCAUCAUACGGUAUACAAAAAGCAAUUAGUUUAACUGUAUCAAUUGUAUGUGCCGGAUUGGGUGCAAUAAAAGAUGCAGCAAAAACGGCUGUUGCCGGUGUUAAACAAGCUGCAACUAUAGUUACUGGAACGGCGAAAACAGUUGUAACAACAACAGUAAAGGCAGGAUGGAAAUUAGCAGCAAAAGCUAUGGGUACAUCUUUAGCUAAAGGUGUUGCUAAAGAAUUAGUAACACAACUUGUUGAUUAUGGUGUAAAUAAAGCAUUGAUGCCAUGUAUUGAAGAAGAAGUAAUGAAACGUAUUGAAGUUCCAAUACAAAAUGCAUUAAUAGCAAAUCCUAUUGUUGAAAAAAUGUAA